AUGCGCACAGGCACCUUCCUGGCGAGGGUGAUGCAGCAGGCGAUGCCGGCCGAGGGGAGCGGGCGGUACUGCGUCAUGGGGCGGGACUACAGCCGGCACGCCAACUUCCCCUGCCUGGGCAAGAUGGGGGGCGACCUGUCCCCGCAGCACCUCCAGCUUCUGGAGGACUUGCGCGCCAACUUCACGCACCGCUGCUCCGCCUUCAACGCCCACCAGGACUAUGGCUUCUUCCGGGCCCUGCGCGUCGACCACGCCCGCACCCUCACGCUGGCCUCGCUGCGGCACCCCGUGGAGCGGGCGGUCAGCUAUUACUUCUACUUGCUGCAGAGGGGCACCCUGCCGCAGGCCUUCCAGCCCCGCGGCGAGUCAGACCACUCGGGCCUGCUGGCCUUUGCCCAGCAUCUCGCCCAGCCCAACCACCAGACCCGCCUGCUGGGCGGCGACAUGGUCUGCCGCUGGCCCGGCUCCGGGGAGCGGCCCGGCGGAGAUGCAGAGCUGCUGGACGCCGCCAAGCGCAACCUGGAGACCUUCUGCGUGGUUGCCAUCACGGAGUUCAUGGGCGAGUCGUUGCAGCAGCUGGCAGAGGCUGCUGGCUGGCCGGAGGCCGUGCUGUUCAGCAACACCACGCGAGAGAAUGCCACGCCGCACCCGCGUGUGCCGCUGGAAGUGCGGCGCCAUAUCGCGGCCAUCAACCAUCUGGACAUGCAGCUGUACGAGUAUGCGGUGCAGCUGCUCCUCAGGCGCAGCAGCGGGGCAGCAACACGCCUGCUGAAGAGCGGCAGCAGCGGGCCGCAAGAGGCAGUACUAGGCAGCAGCAGCGCCACGGCAAGCGAGCUGGAGGCUGGGUUGCAGCGGCGGCAGUGCCCUCCACGCACAGGUGGCCUGCCUCUCUCCGUCGCCUUCCUGCACGUGCCCAAGACUGCAGGCCUCUUCCUGGCGAGGGUCAUGCAGCAGGCGAUGCCGGCGGAGGGGAGGGGGCGGUACUGCAUCCGAGGGCGGGACCACAGCUGGCACGCCAUCCACCCGUGCAUCCGGGAGAAUGGCCCUCUGCCGCCGCAGGUCCAGCUGCUGGAGGACUUGCGCGCCAACUUCACGCACCGCUGCUCCGCCUUCAACGCCCACCAGGACUACGGCUUCUUCCGGGCCCUGCGCGUCGACCACACCCGCACUCUCACGCUGGCCUCGCUGCGGCACCCCGUGGAGCGGGCGGUCAGCCACUACUACUUCCAGAUGAAGCAGACUUGGGAGAAGCACGAGAUGGGCAACCCCUGGGGCUUCGAGUUCUGGCCACGCAACCACACCGACUUUUCGGGCCUGCUGGCCUUUGCCGCGGAACGCCACCACCAGGCCAACCUGCACACCCGCCUGCUGGGCGGCGCCACGGGAUGCCAGUGGCCUGGCGGGCCCCCGGUGCCGCGGCGGGAUGCCGAGAUGCUGGAGGCCGCCAAGCGCAACCUGGAGACCUUCUGCGUGGUUGCCAUCAGUGAGUUCAUGGGCGAGUCGUUGCAGCAGCUGGCAGAGGCUGCUGGCUGGCCCGAGGCCGUGUUGUUCAGCAAUACCACGCGAGAGAAUGCCACGCCGCACCCGCAUGUGCCGCUGGAGGUGUGGCGCCAGAUCGCGGCCAUCAACCAUCUGGACAUGCAGCUGUACGAGUAUGCGGUGCCCGUGCCACCCGCAGUUCAGCAGGCGCGCCCAGAAUCACUGACCGUGCAAUGCGCCCACUGUGUCAGGUACCUGCGUGUGGAGCUGCCGCUGCAACUCUAUGAUGGGGCGCUGCACUGCCCGCAGCCACUGCUGCUGCAGCAGGGUCAGCAGCCCCAUGCGCUCUCCCUGUCGCCGCCAGCUCCAGCACAGAGCCCCAGCCAGCCCGCGCCGCUUCCUCUGGCGCCUGUGAGCCAGCAAGCGCAGCAUGACCAGCAGCAGCCAUUGCUUGCCAGGCGGCCUGGGCAGCAGGUGGAUAUGGAGGGGGCAGCGAGGCAGGACGAUGCGCCCCAACAGCCGGCGCAGGCGAGCCAGAGCAGAGCUGGCGCUCGCGCCAGCAGCAGCGGCAGCAGCGCGCUGAGGCGGAAGAAGGCUCAGGAGCAAGGCGGGGCGGCGGCGACGGCGGCGGGCGGGGGUAGCUACUCGCUGGCUCAGCAGCUGGAGCUGCGGCGGCAGCUCCAGGAUCAGCAGCAUAUGCAGGAGCAGGGCUUGCAGGCUGCACAGCAUGCGCAGCAGCAGGUGCUGAACACGCACGCCCAGGUGGAGCUGGCGCAGCAGCAGCAGCUGGCCAUCCUGCAGCACUGUGGGCAGGGGGCAGCCACCGGCCUGGCUGCUGGCGGUGGUGCCUGCAACUUGGUUCAACAGGAGCAGCAGCUGCUGCUGCUACAUCUGAGGCAGCUGCAGCAGCGACAGGCGGCGGCCGGUGGCAUGCCUGCGCUGAUGCAGCAGCAGCAGCAGCAGCAGCCUCCACUCCAGCCGCAACUGCAGCUUCAGACCGCCCCCGCGACUCCUGCACAGCAGCUGCCCAUCGCACCCCUUACCACCACGCCCAACCCAGCAUUGCCCAGCAUGGCGCACACAGCCCUGCAGCCGCAGCCGCAGCAGCUGUUCCAUUCCGCCCAGGUAGCUGCUCAACCCCCGCCAAUUGCAGCGGCAAAGCAGCAGCUACCCUCGCCUCGGCUGCCGAUCCCCUCUGGCGUGCCAGCACAGCAGGCUGAGGCGCCGGUGGCAGUCGCUGCCGCACCAGCUCCACUGGAGGCACCGCAGCAGCAAGGCCAAGGGCGGCAGGCGGCAGCAGCGGCAGGGAACGUGGGCAGCAGCCCAGACAUCUUCGACCAGCUUCUGGCGGAGAUGGACUUCUCAGCACUGGAUGCCAGCACCCCCGCCGCCACGCGGCACCACUCGCUACCACCCCAGCCCUCCCAGCCCUUCCCACCAGCCGCGCCCGCGUUUGGGAGCUGCCACAGCCUGCCUGCCCAGCCAGCUGGCCAGGCAGGGGGCGGGGGCAGCGGUGGAGGCAGCGGCGGGCAUGCUGUGGCAGGGGCGCCCUCUGGCGGCGGCAGCCCCGCCACCCUCAGCUUUGUCGCGGCGGAGCCUGCGCCAGCAGACCCUGCCGCCGGCGCCGCGGCUGGCUGCACCCAGCAAGGCCGGCGGCUGCGCAAGAGGGCAGCGCACCAGGCCAGCUCCGGCGCCGGCCGGGCAGCCCAGCCGCAUCCCCAGCAGGCGUCUGCCGCACCCGCCAAGAGGCAGCCCGGCGCCGAGGAGCCAGCCUCGGCGCCUGUGCAGCCCGCGGCGGCCAGCCCUCCCGCGCCCACCACGCUGGCAGCAGCAUUCCUGGCGUUUGAGCGGCGGCGCCAGCAGGGGUGA